AGUUCAUGGAAAAAAUCACAUUCUUUGGUUGCUGUUUAGCCAAAAGAUUGGAACACGAUUGCUUGGAUCCUGCUUCUGAUAUACUACUAUAUGAGGAGUAAUUGAAUAAGUUGUAUGCAGCAGCGGAGCUAGGCGGGUUUGGGUGGGGUCGGCUGACCCCACCAUCGGCUAUGGAGAAUCGCCGGGAAACGCCCUCCAAUGGCCGCCGACCCCACACCUCUGCCCCCAUCCUCAACAUGAAUCUCUCUGCUGGGCCUGCUUCUUGCAGCGAAAAGGGUUUAGUUUCGCCAAAACGAUUUUGCUACUUUUGACGUUUAUUACCUUGUCCAUGUAUUCAUAUGUAUAUGCAAUAAUGUUAAAGAAUGCUUGCUUCAGUGUUAUAUUUUGAAGACGAAUAUUUUUAUCUUGGAAUGUAGAAUGAGGACAUUGUUAUAGAGAUGCCAAUAUCAUUUUAUCCAAAGAUAUGUUUUCGAAUAACUAAAAGACGUACGUAAAUGUCCAUCCAGUUCAUGCCUUUGAAUGUAGUCUCUAUAUUUCUGACAGGUCCCAUAGCCAGGAGAUGAGAUCUGAAGAUGAAAAUUCACAAACUAAACUGAUUGAGAUCUUGAUAUCUUCCUUCGAUCAAAAGUUAGAUAAGUUGUCGGCUGAUCCUUCAUAUUCGUAUGCAGCAUGCAUAUACAAAGUUUCUGAUAAGCUCCGGAAGGCAAAUGAAGGAUCCUACACUCCUCGAUUGGUGUCAAUUGGUCCACUUCAUUGUGACCGAGUCCAACUUCAAGGCAUGGAAGCUUACAAAUUGAAAUUCAUGAAUAAUUUCUUGAGCAGAUUUGGAAUAGACCUACAUGCCUUAGUCAAGUUUGCAACUAGGGAAGAAAGCUUUGUUCGUGGUUGUUAUGAGGGUAAAAUCCACCUCUCUCCUAAGCAACUUAUUGAAGUGAUUUUGUUGGAUGGAAUAUUCAUCGUUGAACUUUUCCUAGAAAACUAUUUUAUUCAGUUGAGGGACCGGAACGAGAUAAUAUUUCAACAUCCUUAUAUGCACAAUGAUUUGUUGCAUGAUAUGAUGUUGCUAGAGAACCAGCUACCUAUAAGUAUAAUGGAGAAUCUAUUGAGCUUCGUGGAUCUUUCGUUCAUACACAAAGGCAAGGUGCUCACCAUCUAUCAUCUUGCUCACAAGUUUUUCAAGUAUGUUGGUAACACAUACAAGGUACCAUUGACAACUAAUUGUUGUAAGGCUAGACAUUUUGUUGAGUUUCUUCUGAUUCUUCACGAUGCUCCACCAAUAAAACCUGGGUCUGUUAGUGGUCCGGGAAGUUUGCGAAAAAAGCUCUCUCCAAAUAGUAAGCUUGAAUAUACUCGUCGUGCAUCAGAGCUACAAGAAGCUGGAGUCAAGUUUUCUAGUGGAGAGGGAGAUUGCUUGUUUGAGGUUCUGUUUGCCAAAGACAAAGGUGAGUUGAAGAUCCCCAAAUUGACAGUAAACGCAUCGACUGAGACAUUCUUCCGGAAUCUUAUAGCCUUUGAACAGUUGGGCCAUGUUGGGUACUACUCCAAAAAUAUUACAAGUUAUGUCAUACUCAUGGAUAGCCUGAUAGACACUCCAGAUGAUGUUGAUAUACUUGUUGGUAAGGGCAUCAUUGAAAAUAAAUUAGGUAAUAGCCAACACAUAGCAAACCUGUUUAAUAAUCUGUACAAGGAAGUUGUGACUGAAGCAACUGAUUUCUAUUUUGCUGAGCUUUGUGGAGAGUUGAAUAAAUACCGCAAGGAUCGUCUUCAUCAGUGGAGAGCCAAAUGUUUCACAUGGAGACGGAUGCUGAAACGCAAUUAUUUCAGCAAUCCUUGGUCCUUCUUAUCUGUUCUCGCUGCAGCCGUGUUGCUCAUUCUUACAAUAAUACAAACAGUCUGCUCAAUUCUCCAGGUCUGAUGAGUAUGAUGAAAGAAGUCCUAAUUAUAUUUGUAGAGAAGGAGAAAUGGUAUGAGAUGAGAUGCAUUGUAUUGAGCAUAUCUUGGUAAGACCUUGUUACCAAUAAUGCAAACCAUAAACAUACUUCACCUUGCAUUUUACAUAUCAUUCUAACUUCUAUUUUUAUUGUAUCUGUGAUGUUGGAAAAUACAUUUUGAUGAUUGUAUUAUAAAUCAAUGUUUCUAAAUCUA